AUGCACAAGAAGAUUUGGGAGAAACCCUAUCAAUGUGAGGAGUGUGGGAAAAGUUUUCUUACUCGAACAGAGAUUCAGAAUCAUGAGAGAAUCCACACAGGGGAGAAGCCAUUCAAAUGUGGGGAAUGUGGGAAAUGCUUUUCCCAAAAACCCAACCUUGGAAGGCACCAGAGGCUCCACACGGGAGAGAAGCCACACAGAUGCCUAGAAUGUGGAAAAGCUUUUGCUGAAAAUGGAAACCUUUUGAGACAUCAUAAAAUCCACACAGGGAAGAAGCCAUAUCAAUGCAUCGAGUGCGGACAAUUUUAUCGUAGCACAUCAGAACUUAGAAAUCAUAUAAAAGUUCACACAGGGGAAAAGAAUUUCAAGUGUUUAGACUGUGGGAGAACAUUUGCUCAUUUAUUUUCCCUUAGAAGUCACAGCCAAAUCCAUACAGGAGAGAAACCUCACAAAUGCUCGGAAUGUGAUAAAUGUUUUUCCCGUAAAUAUAAUCUGUUGAUGCAUCAGACAACCCACACUGGAAAAAAACCAUAUAAGUGUCUGAAGUGUGGGAAAUGUUUUUCCCAACGUUCAGGACUUCACAAGCAUACCAGAAUUCACACAAGGUAG